CUGUGCUGUGACUUGACUGCGGCGGAUGCUGUGUGUUGUGUCGAACAACAUUCUCGCGACGUCUUCGUGGUGUCACUCCACCACUUCAGUCUCGAGGCGGCCCUUCAUCUGGCAGCGUUGAGCGUCUUUCCGAAGUAGUCCUCUAAUUCUUCGUUCCCUCUUCAUCAUUAGGCAGGAACACAACAGCCAUGGCAUCUCAAGGCGAUUCUGUCGCUAAAGUGCUGUCAGGCACUGAAGUCUCAAAGGAAAUCCAGGCUGGGCUGGCUGCUGAUGUUGUCAAAAUGGCACAAGUUCUUCCAAACUUCAGACCAGGCCUUGCCAUUGUGCAGGUUGGCGGACGAGAAGAUUCUAAUGUUUACAUUCGAAUGAAAUUAAAGGCUGCUGAACAGAUUGGAAUCCACGCUGUUCGUCAUCAAUUUCCCAGAUCAAUCACCGAGGCUGAGCUCCUGAUGAAACUGAAAGCUCUGAAUGAUGACCCCAGUGUCCAUGGAAUCAUUGUACAGAUGCCUCUUGACUGUGAGAACAAAAUUGAUUCUCACCUUAUAACAGAUUUUGUUUCACCUGCUAAAGAUGUUGAUGGGUUGAACACAAUUAAUGAAGGGCGUGUUGCUAUUGGUGACAUGAGUGGUUUUGUACCGUGCACUCCCAAUGGCUGUAUUGAGCUUAUCAAAAAGAGUGGAGUAUCUAUGCAGGGUGCCCAGGCUGUUGUUUUAGGCAGAAGCAAGAUUGUUGGAACCCCAGCUGCUGAACUUCUUAAGUGGCACAAUGCCACAGUUACUGUUUGUCACUCCAGAACUAAAAAUAUGGAAAAAUUGAUCUCUGAAGCUGAUAUAUUGGUUGUGGGUAUUGGUCAGCCAAUGAUGGUAAAGGGUAGUUGGAUCAAGCCGGGAGCAGUAGUAAUUGACUGUGGCAUCAAUGCUAUUCCUGAUCCCUCCAAGAAAUCAGGUCAACGUCUUGUGGGUGAUGUAGCCUAUGAUGAAGCAAAGAAUGUAGCUUCUUACAUUACCCCUGUUCCUGGAGGUGUAGGACCCAUGACUGUUGCCAUGUUGAUGAAAAAUACCGUUCUCUCAGCUCAACGUGCUUUUGAUAAACUAAUCAGUUGUAAAUGGAAUGUACGUCCUCUUCCAUUAAAGCUGCAAUCUCCAAUUCCGUCGGAUAUUACCAUUGCAAGAGCACAGGAACCCAAGGACGUUGUUCAACUAGCUGAGGAAAUUGGAUUAUUCCCCAAUGAAAUUGAGCAGUACGGGAACAAGAAAGCUAAAGUUAAGGUCUCUGUAGUGAAUCGUUUGAAGGAAUCCAAGUCAGGAAAAUAUGUUGUUGUUGCUGGCAUCACACCUACUCCCCUUGGAGAGGGAAAAAGUACCACAACUAUUGGUUUAGUGCAAGCUCUAGCCAUACAUAAAAACAAGAAUUCCUUUGCAUGCGUGAGGCAGCCUUCUCAGGGUCCUACUUUUGGAAUCAAAGGUGGGGCUGCUGGUGGUGGUUACUCCCAGGUUAUUCCAAUGGAUGAGUUCAAUCUUCAUCUUACUGGAGACAUUCAUGCAGUUUCUGCUGCAAAUAACCUUUUGGCUGCUCAAAUUGAUGCUCGUAUAUUCCAUGAAGCCACUCAAAAAGAUGAGGAUCUAUUUGACCGCCUUGUGCCCAAAAAGGGGGGUGUUCGCAAGUUUUCAGCAGUGCAGUUGAGGAGACUGCAGCGAUUAGGCAUCACUAAAUCUGAACCAGACACUCUGAGCCAAGAUGAGAAGAGACGUUUUGCACGCCUUGAUAUUGAUCCUGACACUAUUACUUGGAAACGAGUGGUGGACUUAAAUGACAGGUAUCUGCGAGAAAUAACAGUUGGAGAGUCUCCAUCUGAGAAAGGCAAAACAAGGAAGACAGGCUUUACUAUAUCUGUAGCCAGUGAAAUCAUGGCUAUUCUGUCGCUGUCUCAGGAUAUGGAAGAUAUGAAGGAACGCUUAGCCAAAAUUGUUAUUGGACAUGAUCGCAGCAAAAAUCCUGUUACAGCUGACGAUUUGGGUGUUACCGGAGGGUUGGCAAUUCUUUUGAAAGACACCAUUCAUCCUACCUUGAUGCAAACUCUGGAGGGGACCCCAGUCCUUGUUCAUGCUGGUCCUUUUGCUAACAUUGCUCAUGGAUGCUCAUCCAUUGUUGCUGACAAUGUUGCUCUUAAGCUGGUAGGCCAAGAUGGCUUUGUUGUCACAGAGGCAGGCUUUGGUUCAGAUAUUGGAAUGGAAAAGUUCAUGAACAUCAAGUGCCGCUCCUCUGGUACAGCUCCCAAUGCUGUGGUCUUGGUGUCCACUGUCAGAGCUCUUAAAAUGCAUGGUGGUGGUCCUCCAGUUGUUCCUGGCAUUCCAUUGAAGCCAGAGUACACUCAAGAGAACAUUGAACUAGUAAAGAAGGGUUUGGCUAAUCUUCAGAAGCACAUUAGCAAUGGUCAAAAGUAUGGGGUUCCAGUGAUUGUUGCCAUCAACAGGUUUAAAGAGGAUACUGAUGCAGAGUUGAAUCUAAUCAAGCAAGUCAGCGAAGCUAGUGGAGCAUUUAAAGCUGUGAUCUGUACUCAUUUCGCCAAUGGUGGAGCUGGAGCUGUUGAGUUGGCCGAUGCAGUGAUUGAAGCCUGCAGCAAACCAUCUGCCUUCAAAUUUUUGUAUGAACCUAGUUUGUCUCUUGUGCAAAAAAUGAACAUUAUUGCUAAAGAAAUGUAUGGUGCAGGAGAAGUUAAGAUUUCACCUUUAGUUGAGGAAAGACUGAAAGAGUAUGAAGCCCAAGGGUUUGGAAAAUAUCCUAUCUGUAUGGCUAAAACCUCCCUUUCACUUUCUGGUGAUGCUAGUGUGAAAGGUGCCCCCACUGGUUUUACUCUUGACAUCAACAAUGUUACCCUUAGUGCAGGUGCUGGAUUUGUCGUUGCAUACUGUGGGGACAUUCUCACUAUGCCAGGACUGGGUACCAGGCCAAGCUUCUUCGACAUGGAUUAUGACUCAAUUAAUGAUGAAAUCCAUGGUCUAUUUUGAUUUUGUUCUAAAAAAGGAAUACUGUUUCGUGUCUUGUUUGUGGUAAUUUCUUGUUAAAUUAGUAUUUUUAUAAUCUUACAAUUACUCAUUCCAAACUAUUGCUAGUCACAUGUUUUUGUAUUCACUUCUCCCAUGUAUUUGUCUUUGCCAUAAAUUUCAUACUCCAAAAAAUGUUUUAUGUAAAUAAAAUUUUAUAGAAAUACA